AUGUGUGAUUCUCACGGGCAUUCACAUGAUGGAUGUUCUCACGAAGCGAUUCCUGAUAUUCCCGAUGUUUAUCGAUAUGAUAUGUGUAGUCAUAUUGAUUUUGAUAAGGUUUGUUGAACAGCGAGAUUUUCUGAAGUUUUUUAUAGGAUUGUGAUUAGUGGGUCAGAAACUAUGAGGAAAAAUGUAAUUAAAAUAAUUAUUUUCAGGUAACUGUCUUGAAUGAAGCUGUCGAAGGAUCGGGUAAAAAAGUCUUCAAGUCAAUGGAACAAAAAGAUGACAAGUUUGUAUACUUAUUUUCUACUCGUCUUUUAAAAAUCCCUUUUUUUGUUUCAGAACAAAAUUUGUGGAUAGUGAUUGUGAUGCAGAAUUAUUGUUCAAUAUUCCAUUUUCUGGACAUGUUCGAAUUACUGGAUUAUCAAUUGUUGGAGAAGAUAAUGAAACACAUCCUGCAAAAAUUAAAAUAUUUAAGGAUAAAGAGGCGGUGAAUAAUUAAUUGAUUUUAAUUUUUGAAAAACAAUUGAAUUUGGUAUUUUUAGAUGUCAUUUGAUGAUUGUUCAAUUGUUGCUGAUCAGGAAAUCGAUUUGAAAAUGGAUUCGAGAGGUAAGUAUCUGAUUUCGGGUCAUUUGUAAGCCAAUUUUUAAAACCUACAGUAAUAUUUGGCAUCUACCGUACAUAAAAUAGGCAUUUUUUAGAAGUUAAUUUUAAUUGUAAGUUUUGUGAGGAAUACUUUUUUUUGCAAAAAUAGGACAUUGCCCAUGUUAAACUUUUCAACAAAAAUUUCAUCAAAAAAUAAGAUUGUGGACAGUAAUCGAAAGACUUCUAAAUUUUCAAACAAAAUCAGUAUUUUUCUGAAUUUUUUUCUAAUAUUUUUCUAGUAAGAUGAUCCGAUUCCUCGCUUCUCAUUCAAAAAACCCCAAAUUCUCUUAUUUUUCAGGCCUUGUGGAUUAUCCGCUUAAAGCCUCAAAAUUUGGAAAUCUUUCACAUCUUUCGAUUUUGGUUUGUGCGAAUUUCGGAGCUGAUGAGACACGUGUUCAUUAUAUUGGAUUGCGCGGAGAAUUUCAACACGAGUUCAGGCAGAGAGUUAGUUUGGGGACAGGGAAAAUUGGAAGUUUGGGAUUCUGGGAAUGAAAUUGGAAAAGGAUAAAAAUACGAUGAUAACAUUGUUGGGUUUUUUCUGAAAUAUAUGUAAGUGUUAACUAUCCAACUUUGGAUAUCAGAAUCUUAUAUAUCGGAAUAUCAAAACUGAGUCGAGAAUUUCUGGCUCCUCGGUGUUCAUCUCUCGUAACACUAUGGUUUUUUUUCAUCAAAAAUGACUUUUUUCAUGUUCUAAACCUGUAUGAAUUUUCAUUCAAAAUUCAGAGAAUGAAAAAAUCUGAAGAUUUGAAUUCCAAUUAGUUUUUUCUAACAAAUACAAAUAAUUUCGUUGUUUUUUCCCAUCCAUCCAUUCAUUUAUUCUUCAUUCAAUCAUUCAUAAAUAUGAUAAUUCCCUCGAUGAUUUUCUGCUGCUGCUAUGUUUUUCCCAUCGUUUCAUUUUCCUCUUCUCCUUCUUCGUUUCCCUCUCUCUUCACCCACUCAAUCUGAUAAUCAAAUAAAACACAACACCGAGUGCUGGUAGCCUCUUCUUCUUCUUCUUCUUCUUCUUCUUCGUCAGUCACCAUUUCCUCUCAUCACUCAUUCUCAAUGACACCAUCGAGAGGGUGGAAAUGAUUAGAGAGAAGAGGGUUAGAGAAAGUGAAGACUGGGUUACUGUAGGGUGUGGUUUGAUAGAGAGAGGAUAUUUACAAUGAAACCGUUUUAACUCGAGAUCGAGAUAUGAGUUGGCUUGUUGGGAUUCUUAUAAAGAUUGGUUACUGUAUGAUUAUAGUCCAGUGUUUUUCUCUAAUUCUCUUCACUCUAAUGAAUGAGCAGAGUGAAGAGAAUUAGAGAAAUGGACUACUGUAGAGUGUGUACAGUUUCAUUUAUCAUUGUGUAAACAUUUAGCCACAUUUUAUUGUUUUAAUAUAACAAACUAUCAAUUUGAAUAGUAGCGGGCAAACUUUCUUUCAAGAAAAAAUAGGGAAUUAUAACAUACAUUUUUGAGAAAAAAACACUUUCAGAAUAUUCCUUUUUUUAUGUUACAUUGUGAUUGAAUGUAAGUUGAAAGCUUGAUCAGUGUCGAGGGUGAUAAUUUCCAAUGCAAGUUUAUUUAUUGCCGAUAAAAUAGAAAUGUAAAGAAAAAUCUGGAUGUUUUUUCUCUACAAUUUUUUAAAUGUAUAGGAUUUCUUGACGGUAUUUUUUCUACAUUUCAUUUUCUUUAUCACACGUGUUUUUCUAUUGCCCAAUCCUAUUGUUUUCCGAAUAUGUGAAAAAUUGAGAGCGUAUUUUCUUUCAUUUUCCAUACACUUGCUUUUUCUAGUGAUUUUUCAGAUAAAAAGCUGUUUUUCUUUUGAAAAACGAAAAACAGAACAAAUACAAGGUUUUUCUCGAAAAUACAAAAAAGUUGAGUUUGAUAAUGCAAUUGCCUCAUCAAUUUAAUUGUUCUGAACAAAAUUGGCAAUAGGAAUUGUAAUGUGACAGCAUUUUACCCGAAAAAACACCAAAAAAGCAAGCGAAAAAAAGAAAAAUCAUCAUUUCUGCAUUUUUGCGUACACUUGUGUGUGUGGUGACGCACAAAUGCACAAUGAUGAUUUUUAUUUUCUUUUUUUUUCUUUUUCGGUUGCUUUUUUGGUGUUUUUUCGGGUAAAAUGCUUUUUUCCUAUCGCCAAUUUUGUUCAGAACGAUUAAAUUGAUGAGGCAAUUGCAUUAUCAAACUCAACUUUUUUGUAUUUUUGAGAAAAACAUUGUAUUUGUUCUGUUUUUCGUUUUUCAAAAGAAAAGUAGCUUUUUAUCCGAAAAAUCACUAGAAAAAGCAAGUGAAUGGAAAAUGUAAGAAAAUACGCUGAUUUGAGGAAAGAAUAAAAACAUUUCCAUAAAACUUUACAUUUUUGUGUUUUUGCAAAAAAAUGUGAAGAAAAAAAUGCCCACAUUUUGUUUACAUUUUUUCAAAAGGUGAAAAUGUAAGCUAAAUUGGCCCCAAAUUUCUUAUACAUUUUUCAAAAGAAAAUGUAUAUGAUUUCGCGACAAAAUAAAUUUUACAUUAUUCUUUGGAGAUGUGGAAAUCGGAAUGAAACAUUGGGAAUCUGAACGAUAAAUGUCGAAGGAUAUGGGAAAAAAGAGAUAAUCAAAUAAACAAUAUACACACAAACAAAAAGUAAUCAAAAUGAGCGAAAAAUUUCUGAACGUGCUUAUCCUUCAUACAUUUGUGAUGAAAACUUGCUCAUUUUUUCUUGAAAGAAAGUUUGCUCGCUACUAUUCAAAUUGAUAGUUUGUUAUAUAACAAAAGUGUAUGGGAAAAUUGGAUUUUUCAAAAUCUGAAAAGUUUCUGUCAAAAAAUCGACGAAUCUCAUUUAAUCAGGUUGUUUUAACAUGAGUAAUGACUUCAAAAACUUCUCAAUAAUGCUCAUGUUAGUCUAAAGAAUUGAGGUUAAAUCUACGAACUUCAACUAGAAAAUUGAGACUCGAAUUUUUACUAAUAUGAGCAAUGAUAGAAAAUUUGGCUAGAAGCUUUAGAUUACCUUGAGUCUCGAAACAUCGUUUAAAAUGAGCAAUAGUUGCAAAGUUUUUGAAACACAUGGUUUUCUAAAAACCCCUUUUUCUCUCUCUGAAUUUCAAGGUUUCAAAAUUUUAUGAGUUUGUUUUUGUUCGAUCCAAUGACCCUUGUCUCAUUUUCCCUGGACCAGCAGAUGUUUUUUCUUCUAUUUUGUUUCUCCAUUUCUUUUCCGGCGCCAUUCCAAUCUACCUUCAUUCUUUCCUUUCUUUUCCACUCGACUCAACAAUGUUGCGGAACAAAUUUUGCGACACGAACAAAUGGGGCGAAAAUUGAUAAUUGUGUAAGAAAAAGGUAGAAAAGAAAAGGCCAAGCCAAUAAAUGAUUGAUGCGAUUUUUAUCUUUGUUUAUUUUUGUUUUGUUUAUUUGUGUUCGACUGAAGAAUAAUGUGAAGAUUAUUUUUGGGCAGCUAAUUCGAUUCUAAAUCCGAGUUAUCGAUACUUCCUCGAAAAUUUUCAAAUUUCCCCAUUCUUCAAGUGGGCGUGGCCUAAAUUGUAGAGGAAAAACUGACUUUUUUCCCAAAUUUUUUACGCUUCAAAAAUGUAUCAAAUUUUUCUAGAAAUUCUACAUUAGCUUGUUUUUUUUAUAUUGGAUAAUAUUUACACGGAUUAAUUUUCGGAAGGAAAUAUUAUUGCGCAAUGAAAAUGGGCGGAGCUUGGUUAAUUAUAAUUAGGAAGUAAAAGAAAAUCAAUAAAAAGCAUCUUCUAUGCAAAUAUAAUAAUAUAUUCAUAUUCAAGUUGAUGUUGUGUUCCUAUUGGCGUGUGAAAAAGGGCUCCGUAUUUAUAAUUAGACUGGCUGGUUGCCUCGUUGCCUGAAUAAAUCUUUUCACUAAUAUUUAAUUAUUUCUCGGACUUGUCAUUUACAAGGUCGUGUAGAAUUUGGAGAAAACAAAAAAGUUUUGGAAGUUUUCAAGGUUCGGAAAAGUUUGGAACACAUUUUUUAGAAACGAAAAAUCAUCAACUUUGAAAAGAAUUUUCAAGGUUUUCUGAAAAUUUAUUCAGAUAAUGUUUAAUUUGAAAAAAAUUCCAUAUAUACAGUAACCCCGGGGAUUUUUGGCGCAAUAAAUCCAAGUUACUUUAAAUCGAAUUUAAAAAAUCCAAGUUACUGUAGAUCGCUGAAAAUCAUGUUUGAAUUAAAUUUUAAUCUCCAGUAACUGUAUUUGAAUUUCCCCAAAAAUGAAACAAAAAACAAAUACAUCAUUAUUUGGGUGCCCUUUUUCUGCAUUGAUCGUCCCAUAUCAAGUUACUGUAUCUAUCUUUUUCAUUCUAUCUGUCUGUCAUCAUUUUGUUUCCACUUGACACAUAAAAGCGGUCAGCCGACGCAAAAAAAGAAAAAGAAGAAGUGCGCAACAAAAACAUCGAAGUAGCCAACCAGCCAAGGCAGACCAAAAAAAAAGAAAAAGAAGAAAAAAGACAAGUCGGUCGGAAACAAUUAAAUGUGACAGAUAGACUAUUACUGGCAGCUGACCAUAGAAAAAGAGGAGAGGAGAAAGGGGUACGGUAAUUCCUAAUGGAAUUUGGGAAGGUGGGAAAGUGGGAAACAUUUUUGGGAAGGUGAGAAGAUUUUACUGAAGCUGGGAUACAAUGGAAGGUAUUUAGACAACUUGGGAACAGAUUUUGAGAAGGCCGGAAUGGUUUUCUGAAUAUGCCAAAAUUCGGAAAGAUCGGGAAAGUUGGUAAAAUAGACCUUGAAUUUUGGAUAGUAUGAGGAAAGUGGGAAGAGCCAGCCGUUUAGGGACGAACUUCGAGAUCCAACAUUUUCUGAAAAUAACAUUAAUUCCGAACUACAAAACAACUGUGAUAUGUAUUUAUCCGAUUUCCUUUCAUAGAUGUUGAAUACAAAAAGUUGUUAAUUUUGUGAAUGAAAAAAUCUCUUCAAAACGAAUUACGAUAAAUGUUCUUUGAAAAAGAAAAAACUUUGGAUUUUCGAAAAAAAAUAAUUUUUGUAGUGGGUAUAUCAUAACAACUAUGACGUGGAAAAUUGUUAUCUUGACAACAACAAAAAAAUGGAUUCCAAAAAUACUAGAUUGAUUCUUAGAAAUUUUUUGAAUUUUCAAAAGUUCAAGUAUCAUCCUUAUUCAUAAUUUUUUUAAUGCUAAUAGGUCCCUGAAAAUGGCCUUAUUCAUUCUCAAAAGAUUUCAGUUUUCCUUGAAAUACAUUCCCUUUCACGAAUGUUUUCUUUCUACCAUUCAACUUUUUUCAAAGAAAAUCUUUGAAAGGAGCCUUUAUACUUUUUAGUCCCGUUUUCUAAACAAUCAAUGAAAGAGAUUUCUUUAAACUUCAAAUUUCCAAAAUGAUAUUCGAUAACUUGGUUUACGAGUUAUCUAGUUUUACGAUUUUUCUAUAGAGUCGGAAAUUCUUUUACAAUUAAAAGAUGUAUGUAAUUUUAUAGCUAAUUGUUAGGUUUAUUGUUUUUGACUAGACGUUCCAAGGUUUCCAAUUUUGAAAUAAGAAAAAUAGGAAAUUUAAGUUGAGAUUGAGAAAACUGGAAACGGGAUUCAUCAAAGUAAGAAGCAGAAAAAUUAUUGAAAAAAUUAAAAUUAAUAGGGCUCCAGUUUCACUCUGAAUUAUUCUGAAUUUUGAAAACUUGGCUAGACUAAAUCUUUCUAGUUUUUUGCAGAGCUUCAUGUUAUCCACUUUAAAAAUGUUUUCUGAAUUGUUCGUCUAGGAACAUUUUCUCAUCACCUCAGUCAGUUCAGAUUCUGAAUAAACUCUGAAGAGAUUAUAAUUUUUCCUGUGAUUUUCCAUACAGGAUUUCCCUAAUCUUCCAAAUCCCGUCUUUGCUGCUAGAAUUUCAACGUCCACUGAUUUGUGGCUUUAAAUAGGACAACAUUUGUUAAUAAUAAAGUAUUUGAACUGUAAAGUUUCCUAGAAUUAUUAUUGAAAUUGGUGAAUUUGGGAAAAGAAAGAAGCCACAUGAUCUUCCCAAGUAAAUUAUCUUUCGUCUGUCGUUGCGAGACCCUCCAAUAGAAAGACAAGUUUGAUAUCUCGAAUAUCUCUAUUGAUCUCUGCAAAUAAGUGCUGCAAACUGUGAAUUAUUUUAAUUGACUACUUCACCAUACUGCCAUGAUUUUGGAGAUUUUUAUACUCAAAAAACGAUUUGUUGCAGAUCGCAAUUGCCACCUACGAGUCUCGUGCUCAAAUGAAAGAUCACAAAAAUGCGAUCCCCGAUGCAGUUGGUCGAACUUUGUUCUGA